AUGUCCAGCAGUCGUCAGUUUGGGCGAGCCAUACGAAAAGCAGUUGCUUGCUCUCCGCGCUGCUUUGGCCCGUUCCAAACUAGAUUGGGCCGAAUCCAAGCGUUCAGUUCCUCUGGCCGCGUUCAGCAACAACCAAAGGUCGCCGUGCUAUACCAAGAGAUUGAUCCUCCGGUAAUUUCUGGAAACCGAAAACCGAAGAAGCCUGGUGGUUACAAGGAUUCAGGCGCUGAUAUCGCAUACAACUUGAGUCUCUCGAACGAAGUCGAAGUUUUAAGUCCAGCUCUCCGACCAGACCCGCGCAAGGAUGUCGACUGGUGCUUUCCAGAUAAUGAGGAUGGUAUUCUAACCGCCAUUGACAAAGGUGCUACACAUCUUUGGGCAAAUACUAUUCUUUUCGCAAGCCAUCCGCUGCAGACCUCCACGCUUAUCGGAAAGUAUGAGAAAAAAGUAAAGAUCAUCGGCCAAGGGCCUCUCAUCGUUGAAAAGUACGACGACAAGGAUUUCGUGAAUACGCUGUUGCGUGAAGUGGGUUCGUUUACUAUGCCACAGGCAUGGACCAUUCACGGAGACAAAGACAAACCUGCAUACAAGGCAUACCCCUAUCCAGUAGUCGCAAAGCCUGCAAGGGGCCGUGGAAGCCAUGGGGUCAAGGUCUGUCACGAUGAGGCAGAGCUAAACUCCCAUAUUAAGCUCUUAGUAUCAGAAGGGACUAAUGUCAUCAUUGUCGAGGAGUUUCUCUCAGGAGAGGAGGCGACCGUAACAGUGAUGCCGCCUACAGCUGGUACUGAUUAUUGGUCACUGCCAGUAGUCUCUCGCUUCAAUCAUCAGGAGGGCAUAGCUCCGUACAACGGAGCGGUCGCUGUUACGAAAAAUUCUAGGGCGGUGGUUGAUUCAGAUGACCCAGCCUACGGGGCAGUGGCUAGGGAAUGUGAACGCGUUGGAAAGCUCCUUGGUACCACGGCACCCAUCCGGAUUGAUGUACGCCGCUUUAAACCGGGGUCAAAUUUCGCCCUAUUCGACGUCAACAUGAAGCCGAACAUGACAGGACCUGGUAGACCAGGACGUGAUGAGCAGGCUAGUUUGACACUUAUAGCGGCUGCUGCUCUUGGAUGGGACUACAAAGAACUGCUGCGACAGAUACUUGGCACAUCUUCCACACUUGAGAGUUUGAGAAAGCUUAAACCUCGGAUUUAA